AUGAGUGGCACGUUGAUAGACGUGACUGCAUCAACUAGUGGAGCUGCGACACCACGGUCGAAGAUCGAUGCCCUCUCACGGGAUGAUUUGAUUCGUUUCGUCAAGAAACAAAUUGAUAAAUUGAAAGCUGCCAAGUGUGAAAAUGAAAAACUCAAAGUGGAACUGGGAAAAGUGCUGAAGGAUUUCAAUGAAUUUGAAGAAAAGCUGCGAGACGAGCAAGAAAAAAGCACGGAAAAAACGAGGGAAAUUCGACAAUUGAACGAAAAAUGUAGUGAUCUAGAAAUGAAAUGCUCAGAUUUGGCGCUACAACUUGGGAAGCUGAAAACGCAGUUAGAAGAAGACCAGGAUCUUGAUGGAAAGCUUAAAUCACAUAAAGUUAACAGUGAUUCGAAUGGCGAUGAUGUUAUCUCCAUUCAUAUAGUCCAAGUACAAAAUGAGUUGACUUUAAUGAAGAGUUUGCUCCGGAAACAAACAGAAGAAUGUGAUAAGCAAACAAAGGAAAAAGAAAAAUUGACAUAUACAGUGGUUGAAUUGCGUUCGUUAUUGGACGAUGCUUAUGCACAGCUCGAAUCUUACAAAGAGAAAAAAAGUAUGGAAAAUGUGAUCACAUUAGAAAUGGCCGAUUUUGAGAAAACGGUUGAACGACUGCAGAAAGAGCUUAAAACAGUAAAUUUCGAAAAACAUUCACUGCAGUCACAGUUAGAAUCAAUGAUAAAGGAAAUGAACAAUAUUCAUGAAGAAAAAGCUCUCCUCACUGAUAAUAUUGCAGAACUGAAUGCUAUCCUCAAAAAUUUAAGGGAAGAAAUGGAAGAGAAGAAAACGGAACUUGCUUUACACAAAAAAGAGCGAAAAGAUUUGGUCGAAGAACUACAGAAGCAGGUUUCUGCUCAAAAUAGAGAACGCGAUCAGUUGAUAUCAGUGAUUGGAGUAAACGAGGAGAAGAUUGGAGAUUUGGAGGCACUGAAUGCUUCAUUGAAUCGGCAAUUGGCAUCACUUUGUUCGCAACGUGAAUCAUUACAACGACAGUACGAUGAUCUCUCUGAAGAGCAUUCAACUUUUAGGACGCGAGCUCUUUAUGUGUUGGAGCAAAAGAAGAGUGAGGAUGAUGAACGUGCGAAGGGAGAAAUUGAAAUAUUAGAGGAAACGAUUCGGCAGCAAAAUAGAACAAUUGACAAUUUGACCAGUUCAUAUCGUAUGUUACAAAAUGAACUUGAUUCCUCAUCAGAACAUAUUAGAACACUUUCGACCGAAAUAUCAAAUUUACAACGACAGCUCACCAUUGUCACUGAAUCUCACAAAAAAGAAUUGUCAGAACAGCGGCGAGAAUUCGAAUUACAUUUUGCUUCUGAAGCAAAACUGAAUAAUGAAUUAUUGACUCAAAUUGAUGCAAGUAUUAUUUCACAUAAUCAAGAAAAGGAAAAUUUGCUGGUAAUUGCUCGACAAGAACGUAAAGGCUUAGAGGAAGAAAUGGAACGUUUAAGACGUAUGUUGGAUGAAGAAGUGAUGCGACGAAAAGAAAUGGAAAAGAUUCAAGUGGCAACGGCUACGCAAAAUGUAGCUAUCCAAUUGCAGAAAUCUUCUAAAUAUAUUCUGCCGUUCAGCACCUAUCUGAUUCGACCCUCAAUAGAGACCGCAGCAGUUGACAAAGAUAUCAAAAGUGAUGAUAAUGAUGAAAAAUGCGAGGAAAAGUCACUCGAAGAAGUAAUUUAUGGGGAAUCUGAAGAACUGAUUAUAACUGAUAUUCGGAACCAAGCGGAUACUUCAGUAACAUCACAGAGUAUUACCCAAAUAAUUACCAAACAAUUGGAACAUACGCGAGAGCUUUUGAAUGAAACAGAAGCAACAAAUGCAAAAUUAGUAGAGCAAGCGAAACUUUUGAAGGAAGAGAUUCGCAGAAUGGAACGUGAUCGGGAGCGUCAAAGUCAUCUGACCAAUACUGAGUAUUUAAAAAAUGUUAUCAUGAAGUUCAUUGCACCAGAAAAAGUUACCGAUGAACGUGGUCGUCUGAUACCUGUUCUGACAACAAUGUUGAAAUUAAGCAAUGAUGAAGUGAAUUUACUCAUUCAGGUGGCCGAAGCGGAUGUUGCAACGACUAAAACGGCUGCAUCGAGUUGGAGAAACUAUAUUUGGUCUGGUUUAUCCUAA